AUGGCUGGUGGUGCGGCUGUCAACAUCCUCAAGUUCAACACGGGCGGCCUGCCCAAGGAGACGUUGAACUGGAGACUCUGGUUCGCCGUCUUUGCUUUCGGUCUCCUUGGAGCCGCCCGUGGUGUUGACGAGGGUCUCAUCACUGGUGUGUUCAAUUCGACGGCAUUCAAGAAGCAGGUGGGCAUCAACGACCUCGAUGGCCCAGCCCUCGCCAGUGUCAAGGGCAAUGUCUCGUCCAUGGUCCAGCUGGGCAGCGUCCUCGGUGCUCUCUUUGCCUUCGUCGUCUGCGAUCGCUGGGGCCGUAUCUGGGCCACCCGUCAACUCUGCGCUCUGUGGCUCAUCGGUAUCUCCAUCAUGAUGGCCAACUCGGGCAGCAUGGCUGCCGUAUACAUCGGUCGCUUCAUCGCUGGUGUUGGCAUCGGCGAGACUGUGGUCGUUGGCCCCGUCUACCUCUCUGAGAUUUCGCCUGCCCCUAUCCGUGGUCUCUGCACCUGCGCCUUCACCGGGUCCGUCUAUCUCGGUAUCCUCGUCGCCUACGUGGCCAACUAUGCCACUCACAAGACCAUGGACGACACCUUUACCAGCUGGGCGCUGCCCACCUCUGUCCACCUCAUGUUCGCCGGCAUUAUCCUGAUCCUCAGCUUCUUCCAGCUCGAGUCCCCUCGACACUUCAUCCGCACCGGGCAGCGCGAGAAGGCUCUCGUCACGCUUUGCAAGCUGCGUGGCCUGCCUGCCGAUCACCCAUACCUCCUCGACGAGAUCACUGCGAUUGACGUCUCCUUCCAGGAGGAGAAGGAGGCUACCCUAGGCUUGGGCUGGAAGGGUGUCGCCAAGGAGAUCUUCACGGUCAAGCGCAACUCUUACCGCCUCUUCCUGACCAAUCUCGCUCAGAUCAUGGCCUGCUGGUCUGGAGGCAGUUCCAUCACCGUCUACGCCCCUGAUCUGUUCAACCUGGUCGGCAUCACCGGCGAGGAGCAGUCGCUCUUCUCCACCGUCAUCUUUGGUAUCGUCAAGUUCGUCUCCGCCGUUGUCUGCGCCUUGUUCCUGGUCGAUCUUGCCGGCCGCAAGCGCUCUAUCAUCACGGGCAUCAUCCUCCAGACCAUUGCCAUGUUCUACAUUGCCAUCUUCCUCAACUUGGUCCCCAUUGCCAACAACCCCGGCUUUGAGCCCUCGCCCUCCCAGAACAAGGCCUCUCAGGGCGCCAUUGCCAUGAUCUACAUCUCUGGUGCCGGCUGGGCCCUGGGCUGGAACAGUGGUCAGUACCUCCUGUCCUCGGAGCUGUUUCCCUUGCGCAUCCGUGCCAUCUGCAGCUCCAUCACCAUGUGCAUGCACUUCCUGUGCCAGUACGCCACCAACCGCGCCCUGCCCAACAUGCUCCUCGAAGACCACGGUCUCACCCCGCACGGUACCUUUUACUUCUUCGGCAUCAUGUCCAUCAUCGGUGGUGUCUGGGUCUGGCUCUGCGUCCCCGAGGCCGCUGGACGGUCCCUUGAGAGCAUCGACAAGCUCUUCGACCUUCCCUGGUACAAGAUCGGUCUUCGCGGCAAGGCAUACGCCGAGGCAUGGGACCGCGAGCAGGAGGAGCAACAUGGAAACGAGAAGAAGGGGGCUGAAGUCCACUACACAGAGGACAAGGCUACCGCUUAG